UUACGUAUUUAUAUAUUGAGGGAUCAUCUCCAUGUACUCUCUCCUCCUCCUCAUAUGGCUGUGCUGCGCAAUUCGUUUACUGUUCCACCAUUCUCAGUCACAUUUCUCCUGCUUCUACAUCUCUUCUUUUCAGAUUCUGGAUUGAUCCGUGGAGUCUCAAGCGUGGGGAUCAACUAUGGCCAAGUAGCCAACAAUCUUCCCUCACCAGAUGAUGUCCUCACUCUCUUGAAAUCUCUCAAAAUCUCAAAAAUCAGGAUCUAUGACACCAACCCUGAGAUCUUGACCUCCUUUGCAAACUCCAACAUUGACAUCAUAGUAACUCUGGGAAAUCAACUUGUGGGGAAGGUUGUUGAUCCUCAGCAGGCCCUUGAUUGGGUCACUACCAACAUCAAACCAUACCUACCGGCAACCAACAUCAGUGGCAUCUCCAUUGGAAAUGAACCUUUCAACAGUGAUGACUCCCUUCUGAUGCUCAAUUUGGCCCCUGCCAUGGCCAGCAUCCAUGCUGCACUGGUUCAACUCGGCCUCGGUUCCUCCAUACAGGUCUCAUCUGCAAACUCCUUGGCAAUUCUCAGCAAUUCUUUUCCGCCUUCCGCGGCGGCGUUCCGCGAGGACCUUGUUGGUCUGAUCACACCCAUGCUGCAGUUCUUGGCCGACACAGGAUCACCAUUUUGGAUCAAUGCAUACCCUUACUUUGCUUACAAGAGCAACCCCACAAGUGUGUCUUUAAACUAUGUGCUCUUUGAGCCUGGUGAAGGAAUGGUUGAUCCCUAUACCAAUCUUCACUAUGACAAUAUGCUGUAUGCACAAGUAGAUGCUGUAAUCUUUGCCAUGGCCAGGGCAGGGUUCACCGGAGUUGAAGUCAGGGUCUCUGAGACCGGUUGGCCGUCGAAGGGCGACGCAGGCGAAUAUGGUGCAAGCCUAGAAAAUGCAGAGGCCUACAACAGGAAUUUGCUCAGAAGGCAGUUCGAGAAAGAGGGGACGCCUCUCAGGCCUGAACAGAGUUUGGAGGUGUAUCUGUUUGCGCUGUUCAAUGAGAACCUGAAGCCUGGACCGACGUCUGAGAGGAAUUAUGGGCUUUACAGACCUGAUGGAUCCAAGGCAUAUGAUGUGGGACUGAACUAGAUGUCUACAGCUACUCCCACUGUGUCUCUGACCUCUGUGGGCACCACGGUGAGUUCAUAUGCGUCUUCUUCCUUAUCUCAUCGCUCGAUUAUCAUGUAGAUAUAGGACUUAGAUUUGGUGGUUAUGCUACCCAUGCAUGAUUCGGAUUGUGGAAUAUGUAAAAAAGAAAGAACAUGCAAAUCCAAUGUCAGAUUAAAUUUUACAAGGACUUCACAAUUAACGG